AGUGAUGAAUAUGAGAUGAAAUGCACGAACACUCCUCGAGACGACGAGAGCUGCAGCUUCAACAGCAAUGACUUACUAUACUCUGACGUUAUGCAGAUGGAUCCUCUGGAUGGGCAAUAUCCUGACUUAGACGCGGAGGGUCAAAACAUCCUCCCUGAACACACCCCAAGUGAGAGGAAAUAUGAAACGGAAUAUCACCAGCACAAAAAGGCCUUUGGCAUGUCUGUCUUCAACCUGGCCAAUGCCAUCAUGGGCAGUGGAAUCCUGGGUCUGUCCUAUGCUAUGGCCAACGCUGGUAUCAUCCAGUUUGUGAUUCUCCUGAUUUUAGCUGCCAGUUUCUCCUUGUAUUCUGUACACUUACUGCUGAAGACAGCCAAUGAAGGAGGUGCUCUUGUUUACGAGGCACUAGGUUACAAAGCCUUUGGGAUGCCAGGCAAGCUCGCAACGUCCUGCUCCAUCACCAUGCAGAACAUUGGAGCCAUGUCGAGCUACCUCUAUAUCAUCAAAUAUGAGCUCCCCAUUGUUAUUCAAUCUUUUACUGGAGCAAGUGAUGGUGAAUGGUACAUCAAUGGAAAUUACCUUGUGCUGCUGGUGUCCCUUUUUGUUAUUCUGCCCCUCUCGCUGCUCAGGAACUUAGGUUACCUCGCUUAUAGCAGUGGUCUGUCUCUACUCUGUAUGGUGUUCUUUCUAAUUGUGGUGAUCAUUAAGAAGUUCCAGAUGCCGUGCCCUCUGCCUACUCCUGACACUGUGAAUGAAACCAUGCAUAUGUUGAACAGCACCCCCCACAUCGACAACGUCACUAGUGACGACGACAACGACGACACUUGCAAGCCUAAAUACUUUGUUUACAACUCACAGACUGUCUAUGCCAUACCCAUCCUUACCUGUGCCUUUGCAUGCCACCCUACUAUCCUACCCAUGUAUGAGGAGCUCAAAGACCGGUCACGCAAAAAGAUGCAGAAUGUGGCCAACGUGUCCUUCAUGGCUAUGUUCAGCAUUUACCUGCUGGCCGCCCUCUUCGGAUACCUCACCUUCUACAUCCACGUGGAGCCUGAGCUGCUCCACACCUAUUCUAAGUUCUACAAGUACGAUGUUCUGCUGCUGGUUGUUCGUCUGGCUGUGCUGGCUGCUGUCACACUCACAGUCCCUGUGGUGCUUUUCCCCAUCCGUACCUCAGUCAACCACCUACUGUGCCCAACAAAGGACUUCAGCUGGAUCCGUCACAUUAUUAUCGCCGUGGUCCUGCUGGUAGGAACCAACACUCUGGUCAUCUUUGUCCCCACCAUCAGAGAUAUCUUUGGCUUUAUUGGUUCCUCUGCUGCUCCAGUUGUGAUCUUCAUCCUGCCUUCAGCUUUCUAUAUCAAACUUGUCAAGAAGGAGUCAAUGAGAUCCAUGCAAAAGAUUGUGGCUACCAUGUUCCUCAUAAUAGGAUUUCUUGUCAUGUUUGUCUGCAUGAGUCUUAUCAUCCAUGACUGGAGCACUGAAGACCACUGAAGCUUCAGCUACAUU